AUGAAGUUCCUGGGUGCUGGGGCACCUCAGCGCUGCUGGUGCCGCACCGCGGGCGCCGCGCGGACAUCGGUUCUCGCGAGGGCCAAGCCAGUCAAGUUCGCCAAGUACCAGGGACUCGGGAAUGACUUCAUUCUGAUUGAUAACCGGGAUUCGCCCGAGCCAUGCAUCACCCCGGAGCAGGCAGCCAAGAUGUGCGACCGCAACUUCGGCAUCGGCGGCGACGGCGUGAUCUUCGCGCUGCCGGCGGUGGGCGACCACGACUACACGAUGCGGAUCUACAACUCGGACGGCUCGGAGCCCGAGAUGUGCGGCAACGGCAUCCGCUGCCUGGCGCGCUUCGUCGCCGACCUCGACGGGACGGCCGUGGGCUCGCAGCGCGUGCACACCCUCGCCGGCACGAUGGUGCCGUGUCUCACGGACACGGGCGAGGUCACCGUCGACAUGGGCGAGCCCAUCCUGACCCCGUCGCAGGUGCCGUGCACUUUGGACGCCAACCACGAGAGCGGCGCGGCGGUGGCGGUCCCGGUCGAGUGCGAGGGCUCCACGUGGUCGGUCACCGCCGUGUCGAUGGGCAACCCGCACUGCCUGAUCUACGAGCAGGACGGCAAGCCCAUCGCGGACGUGGACGCGCUGGACCUGGACCGCUACGGGCCGCCGUUCGAGUCGAACGCCAUCUUCCCGGCGCGGACGAACACGGAGUUCGUCGAGGUGGUCUCGCGGUCGCACGUGAAGAUGAGGGUGUGGGAGCGCGGCGCGGGGCCCACGCUGGCGUGCGGCACGGGCGCGUGUGCCACGCUGGUCGCGGGGGUGCUCGAGGGGCGGCUCGACCGCACGUGCCAGGUGGAUCUGCCGGGGGGGCCGCUGCACAUCACGUGGAACGAGGGGGACAACCACAUCCUCAUGACGGGCCCCGCGGAGCUCGUGUUUGAGGGGUCCAUGUCCGUGUAG